ACAACAUUACCCAGCAUGCUGAGCAGCUGGAGGAAGCCUGCUGGGCUGCUUCAGCUCUCCAUAAUGAAAUGGAACGUUUCACUAGACCGAAGAUGUUCAUCCUGGUCUCCACGGUGAUGACCUGGGCCUGCAGCAAGCCGGUGGAUCCCGUGGGUGAACACCUGCAGCUCCUCUCGCCUAACAUGUUCCUUUUUGUUUUUAUCCUCAUUCCUCAGCCAUAGGGCUGGAAUGCAUGCAUUUCAUUUAAUUGUAUCCUGUUGAUUAAAACUGCGUUCUUUUUUCAGUUCCCAUAAUAUCCAGACUUUAAUAUGGAAAACUAAAAACUAAAGUGCUCAUCACAAACUAUUUUCUUUCGAUUGAUUUUUAUUCAGCAAAAAAUCCAAACAUAUUCAGCUGACCAUGGAACAGUAUGUAACAGCGCAAACACACUACAUGACAGCAAGUGUUAAGCAUUUAAUGAAAGUAUUACCAAAAAUAUUAAAUACAUCGAUACAUGUUCUGUAAAUCAUAUUAACCCAUAGACUCUAUAUAUACAGUCUAUGGUUUAACCAUUCGAUAUUUGAUGUAAACCCUAAAAAAAUGCAUAUAAACUUUAUACAUCUGAAUACCUGGAAUGUGUCAUUUGUCCAUCAGAACCACUGAGUUACUGUUCAUUUCACAAUGCUUCCUGUUGUGUGACAGGACGUGCCCUUCACUGAUGAGAUCUUCCGGAGAAGAAGAGCACAUCCCAACUUCAGACAGCACAUCGACCUGGAGAAGAGGGUGGUCAAAAUGGGGAAAUCGAACACUGUUCUCGACCUACGUGGUGGCUUCAGGACUCCAGUACGGGCUGGGGGAGCAGGUCUUCCACUUCUUCUUCAAGACGUCGUGGCUGGGACAGGAACAGGAGAUACCUGUUUUUGGAGACGGGUGCAACAUCGUUCCCACAAUCCACAUAAGUGACCUGGCGAGUGUGAUUCAGAAUGUGAUUGAGCAUCAGCCCAAGCCGUAUUACCUGCUGGCUGUGGACUCUUCCAACAGCACCAUGGAGGACAUACUGAAGGCAGUUUCCUCUUCUCUUGGACCCGGGAAGAUCCAGAAGAGGCCGUUUGAAGAAGCGUCCCUCACACAGGAAUUUAGUGUGAUGGAACUGGAUUCCUUGCUGGUCAACCUGCGUAUGGAGGCGGUCCACCUAAAGGAGCUGUUCUCCAUCAGCUGGCUGUGUGAGUCAGGGCUGGUGGACAACAUGGAGUUGGUGGUGGAGGAGUAUCAGCAGAGCAGGGGACUGCUGCCCAUCCGUGUGUGUGUGCUGGGUCCUCCUGCGGUGGGGAAGAGCUCGGUGGCCAAACAGAUCUGUGAACACUACAAACUCCAUCACAUCACGCUGAAGGAGACCGUCUCUCUAUCCAUCGCAGUCCUGGAGGAUGCUGUGAGGAGCGCUGAUCCAGAUGCUGAUAACGAGGACUCUGCAGCCGAGGCUAAAGAGCUGCUUGAAAGCAUGAAGGAAAGCAUGGAGCAGAAUGGAGGUCUCCUGGAGGACCAUCUGCUGAUGAAGGUGGUGAAGGACAGGCUGAUGUCCAACCCGUGCAGGAACCAGGGUUUUGUCCUUGAUGACUUUCCAAAGACAUAUGAACAAGCUAAAGAGCUCUUCUAUGCUGAAGAACAGGAAUCAGAAGACGGAACAUCCCAGAUUUCUUCUUCAUACAAAAGGAAGAUUAUGCCAGAGUGUGUGCUGUGUCUGGAUGCGUCGGAUGGCUUCCUGAAGGACCGGGUGAUGAACCUGCCUGAGAGGCUGGUGCAGGACCACAGCUACCAGCAGGAGCACUUCCUGCGCCGCCUGGACAGAUACCGAGAGAACAACAUAAAGGAUGAGAGCGUGGGGAACUACUUUGAUGAGCUGGACACCACCCCUCUGUACCUGGAAGUCAGCAGCAGCGAAGAGCCGGACUGCCUGCUGCUGAUGCAGAAGAUCCUGGACACGCUGGGCCAGCCGAGGAACUACGGCCCCGGCUGCCAUGAGGUGGAGGAAGAGGAGAGGAGGAAGGCUGAGGAGAGGAUGAGGAGGGAGGACCAGGAGAGGGCGGAGCAGGAGAGGAGGGAGGAGGAGGAGGCCACACACAGGGCUGCAUGCUGGGACGAGUGGAAGGCCGGUUUGGAGGGGGUGAGGCAGCAGGAGGAGGAGCUGCUGGAGGUCCAGUCCGUCCCCAUGAGGAUCUACCUGAUGGAGCUCGUCAUGCCCACCCUGACCCGGGGCCUGAUGGAGUGCUGCACCGCCCAUCCUCAGGACCCAGUGGACUUCCUGGCGGAGUUCUUGAUCAGGAACAAUCCCUUUAACUCCUGAAGAUGGGGGUCAUUUUUCUCUUUGGACCUACACUAAAUGCAAAAAUAAAACAACUGAUGUUUUAUUUAUUUUUUCUCUAAUCUUCCUGAGCUCUUUAAUAAAUGACAGAGUCAAUAACGUGCA